GCGGCGGCGGCGGCUCACGGAGGCGGGGGCUCCACUUUCCAGGACUCAGGGGCGGCGACAGCGCCAGCCGCGGGCAGCAGGCUCGGCAGCCGGAGCUGAAACGGCCGGGCGCGGCGGCGGCGCCGGGGGAUCUAAAAUGUCCACUGAGGCACAAAGAGUUGACGACAGUCCGGGCACUAGUGGAGGAAGCUCCGAUGGAGACCAGCGUGAGAGUGUCCAGCGGGAACCAGAGAGAGAGCAGGUUCAGCCGAAGAAGAAGGAGGGGAAGAUAUCCAGCAAAACAGCUGCUAAACUGUCUACUAGUGCUAAAAGAAUUCAGAAGGAACUUGCAGAAAUUACGUUGGACCCACCCCCCAACUGUAGAUUACAGAAUUCCGUUCGCAUACGUGUACUUGCAGUGUGUAUGAUGCUUUCUACUUUGAACAACCUUGCAUUGAAAGGUGCUGGACCCAAAGGAGACAACAUUUAUGAAUGGAGGUCAACUAUAUUGGGACCCCCAGGAUCUGUCUAUGAAGGAGGGGUGUUCUUUCUUGACAUAACCUUUUCACCUGACUAUCCGUUUAAACCCCCCAAGGUGACCUUCCGCACCAGAAUCUAUCACUGUAACAUUAACAGCCAAGGCGUGAUCUGCCUGGACAUCCUGAAGGACAACUGGAGUCCGGCCCUCACCAUCUCUAAAGUCCUCCUGUCCAUCUGCUCCCUCCUGACAGACUGCAACCCCGCUGACCCGCUGGUCGGCAGCAUCGCCACACAGUACAUGACCAACAGGGCGGAGCACGACCGGAUGGCCCGGCAGUGGACCAAGCGGUACGCCACAUAGCGCCGCGGGCAGCUCAGCGCGCGGCGCCGCCGUGUGUCCCCUGGAGCCGUCUUGCGGUGGAGCGCCGUCCAGCCCCACUCCUGUUCUUUGCUCACCACCCCUUCCUGUUUUAUUCCCUUCUUAAUUUCCAUUAACUUGAAAGAUCUGGUCUUUUUUUUUUUUUUUUAAAUCCCUCCCCCUCCACGUGGAUGGGAACUUGGUUUUCAGUGCAAACAAUGUCGGAUCUGUAAUAAUAAGAGCUUUCUUACCAAG